AAAGCCACAUCGGGCUAUCUGCAGUGUUCACCGAUGGGAAUUGAACCGUUGAUUUUAGCGUUGUAAAUCCGAAGACUUACCGCUGUCCAACCGGGGGACCACUGGCAGUAUGACAGUGUCACCCUCUGUGCUUGGUGCUGCAGCCGGAGUUGGCUUAGCAUUGUUAGUAGGACUUACUCUUGUGAUUUACCGAUAUUACCGUGAUAACCGGAACAGCAAGGAGCUAUUCUUUCCAGCGCCACCUAUUGGGAAUAGUAGCUAUGAACGGCGCAGCAAGUUGCUUGUGCUAAACAACAGGACUGCAUUGGAUUCACAUUGUUCGCAACAGAAUUUUCGCAUUUUUCGAGAGCAGCCUCAACAUUCUCAUGCAGCUUCUGCCUUCAUAGCAACUGCAUCAGCUGUGACGAAAGCGAACUCUACUAGAGCAGCUAGACAUAUGGCGUCUAGUUCUAGUUCCAUUUCAGACAUUAACGAUGUAGAUGACAAGCACGCGCGUUUAUCGCUUCCAUAUGUGCAUGCAUCAGAAGAGAAAGUUUCGCCCUCUCGUUCAAGUUAUUCCUUACCUAUCUUCAGAAGACGAUCACCUGUGGUAAGCCGAACUCCAUCUGUUGAUACACGGGCAGCGUAUGUGCCACGCUUGUCCAUUUCAGAUCGAUCUGAUAGCCAACAAUCGACGACAUCCAGUGAACCUUGGACCCCUAUUUCGCCGCAUCCACACUGCACUUCACCAGUGACGCUGUCGCCAGAUCCAACUUCAUGGCUCCAUUCACCUACCCAUAGUGGCCGACCAAGAUCUCUUUCUCCAGUUUCACCGUUACUGUCUCCAGCUUACUUUCAGACAGCGGAUUCGACUAAUAAUACUGGAUCUAUAAGCCCAAUAGGAGCCAUCCAGCCUGACCUUUACAAAAAGAAAGAUAUGGUAUUUUUACCGUCUUCGAACAGCCAGAGAAAGGCUAAGUGUGGAAGAUUACAUUUUCGACUGAAGUAUGACUUUAAUCGAUCUGAUCUUAUCGUGCACAUUAUUGAAGGUAAGUUGAUAGGCUAA